ACUACGAAAGGCUACUUCCGGUAAAAAUGGCCGCAAAGCAACUUGUGAAAGCGACAACGGGUCUCACCCGGUUGGAAGUGAAUCCAUUUGCACGUGAAAAUCUGAUGGAACUUUAUGACAAGAUUUUAAGAACUGUAGCUAAAAUGCCCUCAGAUGCUGCAUACAGACAAAACACAGAAUCAAUAAUUAAAGGUAGACUUGCUCUUGUGGAAAAGGAAACAAACUUAUUGAAAUUGGAGGAACAGAUAAAUGACGGCCAUAUUGAAGAGGUUGUUCUUCAGGCCAAACGAGAACUCAAGUUGUCACGACAGCUGUUAGAUUGCAAAGCAUGGGAACCAUUAGUUGCUGAGGCACCCAAAAACCAAUGGAAGUGGCCAAUGUAAUGAUGUGUAUGACUAGUGAUAAUUUCAUAAUGUGACUUCAAAUAGUUUGUAUGUGAAAAAGACUUUUGGUGGUACACAUUACCAUUCACAAUCUCGGUUAUCUGUGUAUUCCCCGUGUUAUAAUAAAUAUAUUAAAAAAAA